AUGGACUCUGCCAGUCAGAUCCUUCAGGCAGACCCUACAGACUCGCACAAGCUAGCUUCGAAGCAAGAUGAAGCCGAGCCUGUGCAACUGAGUCCGUCGAAACUUUUUGCCGCGGCUAUUCCAUUCCAGCCCGGCCAGCAGCAACACCAUCACCUCCAGCAGCGGCCGCAGCAGUCAUCUCCUCCUUCUCCUCCUCAUGCCCGGAAGGUCCAGCCCGCAGGCGCAAGUGUGCAACCCGCUAACGACAUACACUUGCCAGGGACCCAGUCGUGCCCGCCGCCCGAGCUCCCGCAACUCGUGGCCGAGCAGCAUGCGCCUAUUCCGUCGCACGACAAGGACACCCAGCGUUUGAUCGUGAUCCUCUCAAAUGCCAGUCUGGAGACCUACCGGGCCUCUAGCGGACGUGCUGGAGCCAAGGAUGAGAAAUAUUCUCUGUUGAACAGUGACGAGCACAUUGGUAUCAUGCGUAAGAUGAACCGGGAUAUCAGCGAGGCUCGUCCGGAUAUCACCCACCAGUGCCUUCUCACCCUCCUCGAUUCCCCCGUCAACAAGGCCGGCCGCCUGCAAAUUUUCAUCCACACCGCCAAGGGUGUCCUCAUCGAAGUUAACCCCUCCGUGCGCAUUCCCCGUACAUUCAAGCGUUUCGCCGGUCUGAUGGUUCAAUUGCUGCACCGCCUGUCCAUUCGCUCGACCAACUCCCAAGAGAAGCUGCUCAAGGUUAUCAAGAACCCUAUCACCGACCACCUGCCCCCGAAUUGCCGUAAGGUGACCAUGAGUUUCGAGGCCCCCGUCGUCCGUACCAAGGACUACAUCGAGUCCCUGGGUCCUCGCGAGAGUAUCGCCAUUUUCGUCGGUGCCAUGGCCAAGGGUCACGAUGACUUUGCCGACUCCUUCAAGGACGAUACCAUCUCCAUCAGUAACUACAGUCUGAGUGCCAGUGUGGCUUGCAGCAAGUUCUGCCACGCCGCCGAGGAGGUGUGGGAUAUUCUGUGA